AGCAAAAACAGAGCCAUGUCCAUGAGGAGUCUGCACCGGCGCGUCUCUCAUCCUUGCCACGGAAUUGAGAACCGGCAUGCCGCGAAGCACGAGAAGCGCCCGUCGCAGAAGCUCGAGACGUCCUGGCCGUUCUCCCUGGAGGGCGAGGGCGGCGGUGGCGGCGGCGGCGGCGGUGGCGGUCGUUCUGUGACCGGCUCCGGUGGCGGUGGUGGAGGCGGCGGCGGUCGUCGGGCACCGAGCCUAAGGCUGGUGAACGGAAGGGCGACCACGGGAGUGAGUUUGCACACCAGCAGCACCGAAUCCGUGCGCUCUCCCCAUCACCAGCUCGGCCAGCAGGUCGGCAACAACAACUGCCACGCCGGUAACAACCCCGCCGCGAACAAUCAUCCACGGCUCAACAAAGAUGACAGCAUCAAGAUCAGCAUCGAGAACACCAACACGUGCACGGACAGUCUCGUCACUGCUUUAGACGACGAGACCCUGCUCAUCACCGAUUUCCUGGGCGACACAGGCAACGAGAUGAAUUACAAGGGCAGCGGGAAGGUCCACUUCGGGGUGGACGAUGUGUCCCUCUAUGGGACACCGAAGGAGGAGCCGGGCCCGGGCCUGCCGGGCCAGGAGGUCAAGCAGAGCUUCCUGAAGAAUCAGCUUCAGGCCCUGUUCCAGCCGACGGACAACAAGUUGGCCAUGAAGCUCUUCGGCAGCAAGAAGGCGCUUAUGAAGGAACGGAUCAGACAAAAAGCCGCAGGUCACUGGGUCAUCCAUCCUUGCUCCAGUUUUCGAUUCUAUUGGGACCUCUGCAUGCUCCUCCUACUGGUAGCUAAUCUGAUAAUUCUGCCAGUCGCCAUUAGUUUUUUCAAUGACGACCUAAGCACUAGAUGGAUAGCCUUCAACUGCCUUUCCGACACGAUAUUCCUUAUAGACAUCGUCGUCAACUUCAGGACGGGUAUAAUGCAGCAGGAUAAUGCCGAACAGGUGAUAUUGGAUCCGAAGCUAAUCGCGAAACACUACCUCAGGACUUGGUUCUUUCUCGACCUCAUCUCCUCUAUACCAUUAGAUUACAUUUUCCUCAUAUUUAAUCAAUUUCAGGACUUCAGCGAGUCCUUCCAGAUCCUGCAUGCUGGACGUGCUCUCAGGAUCCUCAGGCUUGCAAAACUGUUGUCACUCGUUAGGUUACUACGUUUGUCAAGACUGGUGCGGUAUGUCUCGCAAUGGGAAGAGGUCUAU